AUGGUUCGGCCGGCCCCGCCCUGCGCAGUCGCGGCCCAGAGGGAAGCGCCACCGCCGCCGCCGCCGCGGAUCACCGAGCGGCCUCCCGCGCAUGCGCCAUGGGGGCCAGGGGCAGCCCUGGGGAUUCCGUUCCCAGAAGGCACCGCGCAGGCUGCUACCGCCGCCGCCGUCGUUGCAGCCGCCACCGCCGCAGCCACCGCCGCCCGGACGGGAGAGGGGCGGGGCCCGGCCCCCGCCCAGCGGACAGCAGCGAGCCAACAGGAGGGGCCGCAGUGCGCAUGCGGGAGCGCGCCCGCCCCUCCCCCACAACCCCCCAUUAAUCCCCAAGAGAACAAACACCCCACGCAGCCCCCCCGCCCUCCGCGGAAGGAUCUGUGUUUCUUCCCAGGGCACUGGUGGCCAAUCCCAGCCCUCCCCGGGAAAGGGUCCUUCGAAAGCCACAAUCUGUUGGGGAGCCAGGAAUGCCAGGUCCGGGAGGAGCCAGCCUCAAAAGAUGAAAGUCGCGACUUGCCCUGCCCCGCCCCAAAGGCUUCCCGGGCCAGGAGAGACCAUCUGGUCCAGCCCCCCACCUCCAUUUACAGAAAGGGAAAUGGAGGUCUGGAGCAGCGGUGCAGCCGGGCCACGGACCUGUCACUGCCACACCAUCCAGCCACAACCGGUCUCAACAGUUUCUGCUUAGACAAACUCUGGCUGCCCCCAUGAGGGUAUGACAGGCCAGGUGGAUGGAUGCAAACUUUGAGAGUGAUUUCAAGGCCUAAGUACCCAAUCGCUUGGAGAAGCCAGGGAAAAUGGGAGUCUCAUAAGAGGAAGGUAAAGGGGAUAACGCUAAGUGGGCGGAACAGCAGCUUCGGAGGGUACAAGCUGCAGUGAGAUGCCACACAGCAGCCUGGGGG